ACGGUGACGACAUUCUCAGUCGACCAGGAACCGAACUGAACACUUCAAACCGCACAGCGGAGCAGGGAGGGAAGAGAUGGCGUCUGUUAUUAACUCCCGUGUUGUCAACUGGACGCUCCUGCUUGUGUCCGUGUUGGUGUCCGCGCUCCUGCCGGCCGAGGCGUCUCCUGAGCGGACGAAGACGGUGGAGUUCAACGUUAAACCGGGAGGAGUGGUGCACACGUUCGCCGAGGGAAUUAGGGAUUACGAAUGCUCAUUCACUUAUGCUUCACAAGGGGGAACCAAUGAGCAAUGGCUCAUGAGUGUGGGCCUGAGUGAUGAGGACACGCUGUUUUCCUGUUCUAUCUGGAGGCCUCAGGGGAAAUCAUACCUGUUUUUCACUCAGUUCAAAGCUGAACUGAAAGGAACCAAAAUUGAAUAUGCCAAUGCAUAUUCGCAGACGGCAGCGGCGGGACAGAGUGACGUGCCUUUGAAGCCGGAGGAAUUCACCAUUAGAGACUCAACAGUGACCCACAACGACGGCAAGUUCAGCGCUCAACUCUCCAAGCUGACCGCCAUCGGGCGGACACGACACGACGAGCUGUAACCAGUGGGAAGUGUGACUCGGCUUCGGUCACGUUUUGACCAAUCGGAGCAGCUCAUGAGCUCAGAGUUAGGCCUCUCUGUUUCAGCUCGGCAGUCGAUGAAGGAACCAACAUUUGUAGUAGGAUGAUACUGAUUUUGCCUUUGCAGCACUUUGUGUGUCAGUACAUUCAUUACUUUACAUGGUAUUACCUUACCAAAGUACAUCUAUGCUACUUGGGACAAAAAUAAUAAAAGAGGGAAGCGUAAGUUGAGUAUCCUAAUUUUCAUUUUUUAUUUUUUACAUAAUGUCCUAGAUAAAAUAAGAUAAAAUGCUUCCAUAGUUGUUUCUUAGUAUCUGAGGCUGUUCGAUUUACAGGGAAUAAAUCUGCCCUGAUCCAGGGAUGUAUGUGAAUGUAUAGAGGAUUGUUGUCUGGGGGUUUGUUGAGUAUAGAUAACACAUUUAGAGUCAUGGGGGGGGGUUUAUCCAUCUUGUGUAAUCCUGAGAGGAAAGUGAGUAAUCCCCAGUAUAGUCAUGGCACACACAUAAACAAUUACAUUUUCCUCAAUCUCAUUCUGCUCUGAGCUGCUGUUGAAGUACGCCUCAGACUCUUGUCUGUUUAUCUUCAUCUGUUCCAGUUAACUGAAAGCAUCACAUUUGAUCACCCUAAAUCACAAAUCAGUAUUAUUUGUGAUAAGUUUUUCCUUUCGGCUUGUUUCUGGGCCAGAAGCCCCAACUCGUAAUUGAGCAGAUAGCGACUUCAUUGUGUGAAAUCAAGAGAACAAUAUACGGUACACAAUGGAGAUUAUGUUUCUGAAUACACUGUAGUAUUUUUGGAUAAAUCUCAAAGAUUUUACAUGUCAAUUAAUUUAGAAAUUAAAUUGAAUUAGAAUUUCUCCCCGCUCAAAGUCCUGAAUGAUGUUUUGUUGUUUUAAUCUUUUGCACACAACAAGUCCAUACACACACCAGCAAGUCUUAUUAACCAGCACAUCAGAUCAAAAGCUCAGUGCAAGAACCAAGAGAUCGGGCAUGCUAUUGAUCACCAUUGCUCCUUUGACGCUGCCAUGGUCCUAAGAUAUUUAUAGGGUAAUAUUUUCUACAUGAUCCGAGUAUCAAAAAGUUAUGAAUUAAGUGAGUACAAGUGAUCAACAGUGUGUAUGAUUUCCUUUCAUACAAUUAUCAAGAAUAUGUAAUUGUUUGUUAAUUUUAAUCAGUUGCAGACUUUAAUUUUGGGAUAUUUUAGUAGACUUUCAGUUACCUUAUAUGAAAUGUAACCAAAGCUAAAUAUAGUUUGUGCGCAGACAUUUGGUUCUUGAAAACCUUUGCUUUCAUCCCUCAGUGUCCUGUGUGGAUCAGCGAGGAUAUCGUGAAUGUUUCAGAAAUACCUCAUUAUUACAGGUCCCGCUGGUCGCUCCCCUCUCCCCGCUCUUGUGAAGCGAAAAGGAUUACCUUUAUCUUCCUCACACUGAUCCGACCCUCUUACAUCCACACAAGUGUCCACAGGAUGAGGUCCGGGGAUUGAUUUCAGAUUUGAGUAUUGUGCUGAUGUGACUGCGGUGGGAUUCAUUUCUGAAGUUCGUACCUUGUUUGGUCUGAGUUCGGUUUUCUCUCGUCCUUUUCUCUGGAGUUGAGCGAAUGCUUGGCCGGGAUGUUUGUGUGUCCCUUUUGUCACCAUCCAGUUUCCCUCCGAGGUCACAAAUGACCUCAUCCACAUCCUGACGGGGAAUCAAAAGAAAAAAAACACAAGAUGUUACUUGUUUAAUACACAUUUUCUUUUUCUACUUUUUGAUUCAUGAUGGAAUGUGAUGUAUGUUUAAAUAAAGACAUCUUGUCACUGUUCUGGA